AUGAAUUAAACAUACAUGGAAAGCUUUAGUUAUUUUGGCAGUAACUCUUUUAAUAGAUAUUAAAGCAAAAGAGGUACAAGGAAUACUUCACCCAUCUAAGAAAACUCUUUGCGUAUAAGAGAGAUUGCUCAGUAAAAUAUUUAUAUAAUGUUUCCUAAUGCUAGAGAUCCGUUGACUGGUAUUACUUCACAAAAUAACAGAUUAAAUUAGAAAAUAAACUCAAAAUCGACCACAUAACUACCAAAGCUCUAAGCUGGAUCAGAAAAUUUUUCAAAAACAAUUUCAACUCAUGCCUCUCUCACAUAGAAAACAUUUAAUAAAACUAUCCUAGAAAUAGGUGAAAAAAAUGAAACAUUAGUUAAACCUUUUAUGACGACUAAAAGAAGUGAAGUAAAUUAGAUUUAGGGAAUGUUUAAAACGGUUAGAAAAAGUUCUAAACAAAAUUAUUUUGGACUAGAUAACUCUUUAGAAUAUGAUUUUCCAUUUCACCAAAUAGUAGAUUUUGUUAAAAAUCACAGCCAAGGAUUCGAAAAUAAAUUAAAUACUGAUUUGCACAAACACUACUAGAGAAUGUAUAUAAAAAAUAAGUUUAAAAUCAAAAAGUUAAGGCAUGAUAAAAAAGAAAGAAUCAUAAAGAUACGAGAAAGAAUCAUAUAAGACAAUAAAUAAUUGGAAGAAAGGAGAAUGUAAAUAAAGUAAAUGCUAAUAGAACAUAGUAAACCUAACAAUGAAAAAACUAUAUCAAAUGAUAAAACACCUUUAUAAGUCAAGCAGUUUGUAUUGCAACAGAAUAUUAAAGAUUUGUCUGAAUUUGAUGAAAUACUAAACAAAUACGAAUAAUACUUUAAAAAUAGCAAUCAAGAUAGUAUUGAUGGGGAAGUAAAAAAGGAAGAUUUUAAUAGAUUGCAUGAUUUGUACAAUGAAACUACAACUAAGCAGUAGGUGGUUCAAUAAUUUUAAUACAAAGAAGGUGGGUUACUUCACAAAUUAAUGAUUAAAUAGAACUAAAAAAAGGAAUUGCAUGUAAUAAAAACUUAAAACGAUAGUCUUGCAUAAAGGGAUAUCUUUGAAGAUCACAAAAAGAGCAUAAAAACUGUUGAAGAUAUUUUUAUAGAAUAAAUUAUUUAUUUUAUUCAAUAAAACGGAAUUGCAGCUUUAUCGCCUGUAGAUUAUUUUAACUUUAGAGGUAUUGUGAUCAAUCGUAAAAAUUAAUACAAAUAAAUGCUCUCAGAGUUAGAUGAUAUUAUCGAAAUCAAAAGGCACAUAAAAUACAACACAGAAGGGCAGAGAAAGAAAAAAUAGGAAGAGUAGGAGGAAGAAUAAGCAAAAUUUUAUAUUACUUAAGAAUAAUCAUCAAUAGUGCGCAAAUCUUAAAUUGAGACAAAUGAUCAGACUUAUUAAGAUUCCAUAUUAAAUUAUAAAAACUCUUUAUCUACAAGUAUAGGAACUGAAAGAGUAGUUCUCCAUCCUAAAAUUCUAGAGUUUAUUCCUCCAAAUUCUUUUUUGCCAAGGCUAUAAGACUAAUAGAGUUUAAGCAAAAGGAAUUUUUAAAUUAACAGUGAUUUUUAUAACAGCUUUAAAAAUAACACAUCUAUAGAAAAUAAUAACAAUAACAUUAAUGACAGCGAUAAAUUUGGCAUGAAUAACGACCAAAGCUCUAUGUUUUAGCUCUCGUCUCAUCGAAUUGAAGAUAAUAAUUCAAUUAAAAAAAUAAUUGAAGAAGGAAUGACAACAGAAAGAGGUAAAUCUGUUCAAAAUCUUACUGAAAGAAGUAAAGAAAGUUAAGAUGAAUAUGAUGCUGAUCUGAAUUAACUUUAAUAUUUAAUGGAGUUGAAUAAUUAAAAUGAGAAUACUGAGAGAGACUAAGAAGAAGCCAUGAGGAUGAAGCUACAAAUUAUUAAAUUAAUGAUGAAAGAUGAUAAAAAAUCUAUUAUGAAGAAAUUAACAGAAAGAAUAUUAAGUAAAAUAGAAUAGAGGAGGGAAGUAUUAUUAAGGUAAAUUGAAAAAGAAGAGAAUAAAGAAAAACUGGAAGAGUUAUAGCAGGAAUUAUAAAGAGAAAUAAAGAAAAAGAAUGUAUAGCUACUUUUGCUUACUCAUACUAACAGUUUAAAAAAAGUUUCUCAUCGCUUAAUGUAUGAGUAUGAUUAGUAAGCUUAGUAUUAUAGAGAAUUGAGCAACUCUGCUUCUCUUGCAGGGUCAGAAAACUUAAAUUCACCAACUAAUGAAUUGAAAGAUAGUAUUUCUCCACUUGCAUUUGAGACAAUAUUUAAUUUGAUAGAUGAUCCAGAUGAUGUAGUAGCAAAUUUUAUAAUAAAUUAAAUGGAUAAACAAGGUACAUUAGAAAAUCUACUAAAUCAUUUGAAAUCUUAAGAAUCAUAAACUGGAAGUAUUGAUAUAGACAAAGUUAAAGAUUACAUUUUAAUGAUCAAUAACAGCAUACCAUAAGAAGAAAUUAAAAAUUUGGAAAUGAAAAAUGGUAAAAUAGUGGGGAGAAUUAAAAAAUAAGAGAAGAACCGUAAAAGUUAAGAAGAAAUUCAAAUUCAUUAAGAUGAAGUUAUUGAACCAGUUGAAGAUGAUAAUAAAUAAACAGAAUAAGUUGAAAAAUUAGAAUAAGAUAACCCUGACUACUAUAAAUUUUACCAAAAAAAUAAACCAGAAAAAAUAUAAAUAAGAUUAAAAGAUAAGACUUCUGAUGAAACUAGAAAUAUGAGAUUAAAAAGUGACUAAAGUCCUCAUGGAAGUGAAUAAUCAUAAGAUGCAAGUGGCCUAAGUGUUGAUAAUGAAAACAACGAUUAAAAGACAUCCAAAAAAGAUUAAAUUAAGAAAAGAUAGAAUCCAAAUUCUAAAUCAUUUAAGAAUAAAAUUAAUGUUUAUUAAGAUCUGAAUAACUCAAAAUUAAAAGAUCUCGCAAGAGUUGGAAGUUCUUAUAGUGAAACUAGCUAAUCAAGUAAUAAUGUUAGGUCAAAACAAAAUUCACAUUUCUAACGAGAACUAAUUAAUAACGAAUCUACUGCCAGAAAAGAAGUAUUACUAAAUUUGAAAGGUUAUGAAAAUGCAUAAGACAUAUUACUAGGUGAAUUUACGGCUGAGGAAUAAAUUCGAGCUUAAGAAGAACUUCGUUUAAGAAGAGAAGAAGAAUAAAGAAAAAUAAAAACUAUUGGUAAAAAAAUGAAUUUUACUGAAAAUGACGAUGAUCCUGAACUAAUGAGAUUAAAAGAGCUUAUAUAAUUUUCUGAAACAUAGAAAAGAAAUUAAAGUUUUAACGUAAAAAUGCAACAUAAAAAAGGAAAUAAAUCUAAAUUUGCUAGAUCUAACUCAUAAACCAAAGAAGAAAAUCAAUUGUAAGUUGUGGAUUAAUAGUAAUAAUAAUAACAGUAAAGAAGGAGAAGUACUAUUGAUAUUCCAUAGAUUUCUUAAACAAAAUACGGAAAUAAAAGAAUCAGUAAACUUGGCAAUACAAAAGACGGUGAAGAUAUACCCUAAUUUUAUCAAGAAUUUAUGAAAUAAAAAAAUAAAUAAAAUGAUGUGUAUGAAGAAAUAGAAAUUGAAGUUACUGAUACAUCAGAUACUGAAUCACAGUACGAUGAAAACGGUUAAUUAAUACCUAAAUAAAAAAAGAAGAAGAAGAAAAUAAUUUUGGUCAAGAAAGGAGAGAAUGGUAGCAUUACUCUAGACUAGCAGUAAUAACUACCUCAAGGUUUCAAGAUAACAAAAGAUGGCAAAAUUGUAAAAGUAGAAAAAAUUACUCUAGAAGAUGGUACUGUGAUUGAAGUAGAGAAAGAGGUGAAGUAAAAUAAAUUGAGAUAAUUAGUUUAAGAUGAGAAUGGAAAUAUGGUUUAAAAAGUUGAUAAAAUAAAAAUCAAGAAAUUUAAAGUUGUUAAAAGAAUUCUUGAAAAUGGUACAGUGUAAGAAACAGAGGUAACAGAUAAUGAUAGUGAUCUCAAUGAAUCUAUAAGCACUGAUAAAAUUAGUGUCUCAAUAGAUGAAAGUGCUUCUAGGCCUCUAACACCAAAUACAAGAUAAUAAAUGAUAUAUGAGAAAUAAAAGAAGAAGAAAGAAUAAAUGAAGUAAGAAUUAAAAGAAAGUCCAAGAAAGAAAAAAAAAAUAAUUAAAAGAGUGAUUAAAUCAAAUGGUGAAAUAGAAGAAAUUAUUACAGAAGUAGAUGAUCCUAUAGGAGGUGAAGAAAUUUAAGAGUAUGAUUCUAAAGGGAACCUCACUAAAUAACUUUUUAUUCCUGCUGAAUAGAAGAAAGAUUAGAACAAAUUAAUCAUAAAAAAAUUAAAUUCACCAGGUUCUCAAAAUGUACCAUCGAAUAGUGGAGGUAGCACUAAAAAUAAAAAGAAAUAAAAAGAAAAGGUUUAAGAGGAAUGGUUUAAUGAAGAUGGCACACCGUGGGUUUCUUCAAAAAAUAAAAAGAAUUAGGGUGGUGCUAACAACAACCAAGAUGGAGGAUUUGGAUCAACAACAAACAGAAAAAAAUAAGAAUCAAAUGCUUCCAAUUUGAGUAAAAUAUCUCAAAAAAUCGAAAAGGAAGUAAAACAAGAACCUCCUAAGCCACCUGAAAAAAUAAAAUAAAUAAUUGAUGGCCGAGAAAUAGAAUAUAUGCCAUUAGCUUCUAACGAGUCUUUUCACUCUGAUGAUAUUCCAUCCUCUUUAAUUGAUGAUAGUCAAAGCAUAAAGAGUGCUGAUUUGAACUAAAUGGAUGCUGAUAAGAAGAAAAUGUAUUAAAAAAUUAAAAAGAAAAGGGAAUAAGCAAAGUAAAAAAAAAUAAGAGAAUAAUUAGAAAAAGAAAUCAAGGACUUUAGAAAGAAUAAUGUUUUUACAGAACUAGAAUAAUUAAUGAAGUAAAAUUUGUCAUUGAGAGAACUGAAAAGAUAAAUCGAAGUAUAUUUAGAAAUGCUUAAAGGAAAAAACAUGGAUGACGAAACUAAAUACAAUAUUUUCUUAUAUCUCUAAAGGAAGGAAUAAUUGGUAACUUUUUUGAUUGCUUUUGAAGAUAAUUUUGAGAGCAAUGUUAUGAUAAGACCUGAUGUUAUGCAGGAAAUUAGACAAUUCUUGAAAAAAAGGGUCAGCCUGGUCAAAGCUGAUAAUGAAAAAAAAAUGAAAUUUACUAGACCAGUAGUAAUGCCUGAUGGUAAUGGACUCUCUCUAUUUGAAGAAUUUAAAGGAGAUAAUAUUUCAGAGUGGGAAAUUAGAUAAAUUAUGAAGUAUGCUUCAUACAACUAAGACGUUUAAAAAAUAAUUGAUAGAUUGAGAUAAUUUAAAUAAGAUACAAAUGCUAUCAUUUAAUUGAAACUUAUGCUUAAAAGACUAGAAACUAAAGUAAUUUAGACGGAUUUAGACUAUUUACAUAUUAUGAAUUAAAAUGAUGAUUAUAUUUAAAAUCUGUAAAAUGCAGAUAAUUAAUCUAGAAGCAAAUAAUCAAGUCUUUACUAAAGUAAGGACAAGAUAAUAAAAGAUACAUAAGAUUAAUUCAAUUAAAAAAUAGAAGCUCUAAGAAAAUGUAAGCAAAAAAAUCCUGAAAAAUUUUAAGGGUUGUUGACUUAAUUUUAAACAGUAAAAAGCGAUUCAAAUAUAUUUAAGGCACUUAAAAAUGAACUUGCUGAGAAAGCUGAUAAAUUAAAUAUGCAUACAGCAAAAGUUACUUAGGCUAUGUGGACAAAUAGAAUGAAAAAUUUCGGUGUGACAAAAGUUAACUUUAAUAUGGUGAAAACUUAAAAAAUACCUAAUAUAUGA